UGCAAUGCUUUAGUGAUAACUGUAUUCGAUUUAUGUAAGAAUAACAUUCUUGGUAGUACUAACGUUUAAAACAUCAAGGACUGUCUAUUAAGUCAUAAUGAACGGGCUGUUAAUAUGAGAUUUAUAACAUAUGAGUUUAAUUAUAAAAGUUGAAGGCUACUGAUAAUGAGGAAAAGAGAUGCAUCAUCAAAGACAACAAUUAAGACUGAGAGAACUCAAAAACAGAUAAGUGGAUCACAAAAGCGUUCUUGGGAUGACUCUUUACCACUUCCAAAGUUGAACUUCUCCGUAACAGCAGCAGCAGUGUUUUUACUAGCUGUGCUUUGUUAUGCCAACAGUUAUGAUGGGGAUUUUGUAUUUGAUGAUUCAGAGGCUAUUAUAAAUAAUGAAGAUCUUAUGUCAUCAGUGCCUCUCACAGAUUUAUUUUACCAUGAUUUCUGGGGAAGUAAGCUGGCAGGAAACACCAGCCAUAAAUCAUACAGACCAUUGACUGUCUUAACCUUCAGGUGGAAUGCUUAUCUAGCUGGUGGUUUAUAUCCCAAAGGUUUCCAUGUCACCAAUAUCCUCCUUCAUGGUGUUGUUUCUCUCUUCAUCCUGCAUACUAUUGUCAUUUUAUUUGGUGGGGUAAGGCUAGAUGAAAGAGGCCGCAUUAUGUUUACUGCACCCAAAGCCUCCUUUCUGUGUGCAAUGUUAUUUGCAACUCACCCUAUACAUACCGAAAAUGUUGCAGGAGUGGUUGGUAGGGCAGAUCUCUUGUGUGCCUUUUGUUUUUUACUGUCAUUUUUGUGCUAUGUGAGAGCUUGUCACUCAGAUCCUUUACAUUUUGGACAUAAACCAGAAAUCAUAUCUGUGAGCCAUUUACUAAGCAGUUUGGUGUUGUGUGGCUUAUCUGUUCUUUUUAAAGAACAAGGGAUUACUGUGAUAGGUGUCUGCAGUGCAUACGAUAUUCUUGUUAUCUGCAGAGCUGAUCCAAAGGAAACUAUUAUGUCUGUGGUACAAAAUUUCACUCAGUCUAACUGUGCAGCUUCUUCAAAAAAUCAACAGAAAUCCAACCAGUGGAUCAAGUCCCUGGUUUAUCGUCAUCUUUCAUUACUAGCAGCAGGAGUGACUAUUUUAGCGGCAAGAUGGCAAAUAAUGGGUUCAGCACCACCAAAAUUCCAAGAAGUUGAUAAUCCACAUUCCUUUGUGAAUGAAACUAUGUUAAGGGUCCUAAAUUACAGCUAUCUCUACAGCAUAAAUGUUUGGCUGUUGCUGUGUCCAUGGUGGCUAUGCUUUGAUUGGUCGAUGGGAUGUGUUCCUGUGAUCUCAGUCUACACUGACCUACGUCUACUACCAACACUUGCAUUCUUGUCAGGCAUGGCCCUUCUCUUUUAUUACUGUAUUUUCGGAAAUCCAUCUAGAAUCAAAAGGCUCUAUGCUCUGUCUCUUGCCAUUCUCAUCAUUCCUUUUCUCCCAGCCAGCAACCUGUUCUUCCGAGUAGGUUUUGUAGUGGCAGAGAGGGUACUUUACUUGCCUAGCCUGGGUUUCUGUAUGCUGGUCACCUUGGGUUUAGUGCACAUAAGCAGAAUACAAGCAUUGAGGAAGAUUGCAAAAAUUUUUGUUCCAGUAAUACUCAUAAUUUUCAUCAUCAAAUCUAUGCAGAGAAGCUUAGAGUGGAGAUCAGAAAAGGAACUGUUCUUCUCUGGUGCUAAGGUUUGCCCAGGCAAUGCCAAGGUUCACUAUAACAUAGCCAAAGUGAGUGCAGAUGGAGGAGAUACAUCUGGUGCUUUAGAGUCCUACAGGCUUGCAAUAAGGUUAAAUCCAAUGUAUGAGCAAGCCAUGAAUAACCUUGCCAAUAUUCUUAAGGACAGGGGUGAGAGUGAGGCAGCAGAGACGUUGCUUCUGAAGGCAGUAGAGAUUAGGCCUGAGUUUGCUGCAGCAUGGAUGAACUUGGGAAUUGUACAGUCUGAUCUAAAAAAGGAAAAACUGGCAGAACAAAGCUACUUUAAUGCCCUGACGCAUAGAAGAAAAUACCCAGAUUGCUAUUAUAAUUUAGGAAACUUGUAUUUGGAGACAAAGAAACAUGAUGAGGCCCUUGCAGCUUGGAAAAAUGCGACUUUGCUCAGACCAACUCAUCUGAAUUCUUGGAACAACAUGAUACUUUUGUUGGAUAACUUGGGCAGGAUUGAUGAGGCUGAGAGAGUUACUAAGAUUGCAACCAAGUACCUGCCAUCAGAGCCCCAGUUGUACUACAACCUAGCCAAUGCACAGGGUAAUGCAGGCAGGCAUGAAGAUAGUGAAAGAAAUUUUCUUAAGGCAAUACAGCUGGAUGGGAAAAAGGCAGUCUAUUAUGCAAACCUGGGUGUUUUGUACCACAGGUGGAAUAAAUAUGAGCAGGCUGGGGCAGCAUACAGGAAAGCAUUAAAAUUAGAUCCAAAUUCACCUCUUGUAAAAGAAAACCUUGAAAAGUUGCUUAGAAAAAUGGAAAAAGAACAACAGGAACAUAAGUCUGCUAGAACCUGAUCCAAGCAUUUUUCAUACGGUCAUUACAGCUUAAGAGUUGCAUUUUUAUCUAAGUCUCAAACAUUUUAGUACUUUUUGUGGCUAUUUAUAUUUGAUAUAAGUUACAAUCCAUGAGUUAUUUUUAAAAUAUUUUUCAGAUUAUCAUUACUUAUCUCAGCUUUAAUGCCAAUACUAAGAACUGCAGUUUGCCUAUACAAAGAAAAGAUAAUAAAAACCCUUAAAUUAUUUUUCUAUAUUUUAAAAAAUGCCUCUGCCACAUCAUGUAGCAGAGUUUAAUUUGUAUUGCCCAGGUAAGCCCAAGGACUUACUGUAGAUAGGGAGAUGAUUUUUCAGUUUUACCUCUUGUAAUUGUUAUUAAUACCUUGUGAAAUUUACUUUAUGUUCCUUGCAAAUCCAUGAUUUCAACCUUGAUAUUUGUGGGCCCACGGUUGUUAAAAUAAUAAUAAUAGUUAUUAUUUUAUUAACGUCUCCCGUUUAAAAAUAAAACCCACCCUACUAAGGGUUAUAAUUGACUAAAAGUAAAAACCUGUGAAAAUACAAUUUAAAUUCAUAGAGUACUCUAAAGUACAUUACUUAUCAU